AAUCUUCAAAGCUCUAAAAAAACAAGCAAGUGGGACGAAGAAGCCAUUAAUAUGCAUCCCCAUGCAUGUUACGUUCUACGCGUUUGGGGCCGUUGAGCCAUUGGAGGGAAACAUUUAAUGAAAUUUUUUGCUUUCUAUGCUACUAAGUCAAAAUAG